GCGUCGGAGUGAUUCAGACGGUACAGUUAAGUACACGUGUGGACAGUUCUGAGUUGAUUUUCUAAAGGAAAAUCGUGAUUUUUAUCCGAAGUGGUAGUGUAUUAUGGUUACCUGCUAAGUGAUGCGACAUUUUAUAUGAAGUUCUAAAGGACUGUUUAUGAAAACCUUGUAUAGUGCUGAUCACCUUAGUGACAACUAGUUAUUGUUACUUUUGAAGUCAUCUGCUGUGGGAGAUUAAUAUGUAGUGCUGGGAUAAUUGUUUAUUUUCACAACAAAUCUAUUCUGUCUCAGUUCAAAAUGUACUGUUUCGGGGUGACUCGCGUCACCUUGUCUGCCGUGACGCUUAAGACAGCUAAAGAGUUAUGUUCAGCGGCGAAUUACAUGAGAGGCUCUCGGAGCCUCAGCUGGGUCAUGCCCUGUUCUGCCCUCCCGAGCCGAGGCAAGUCGAAGAUUGCACACAGCGGCACGGAGCAGACAGUAAUCCGGGUUCCUCGCUGGAUGCAAGAACGCAUCGACAGCGUCGAGAAGGUGAAAAGCAAACAGUUCCGGAAGGUAAUUACGGCCCGACCCGGCAAGAUGCUGGUAGUCAGCAGACGUCCUCAGUUCAGCCAGCCCUCCAGCCACACCCUGGGCAAAUUUGAGACGCCUCUCCUUGCUUCCAGAGGCUGGAAACACAAAAAGUCAUUCGGGGACUAUUUUACCAUAAACAACACCCAGGACGCACCGCCGUUCAUCAUGGAGGACCAGAAGGGGGAGAAAGAGGAAGGCAAGAGUAAAGUAACCUUUAAGUCUUUACACCUGUUCACAGAGUUAGUAGAAACACUUCAGGCUAUGGGUAUCGUUAAUCCCACCACUGUGCAGCUGGAGACCAUUCCCAAAUUACUGCGCGGCCACCACGUUCUCUGUGCAGCCGAAACAGGGAGUGGAAAAACACUGACCUAUUUACUGCCCGUAAUCCAGAAGCUGAUCAGUGCCGCUCGGGAGGGUGAACCGGGAGCCCAGACUCGGUGUGUGGUGCUAGUGCCGUCCAGGGAACUGGCUGAGCAGGUGAAAGGGGUGGCCCAGUCCCUGUGCCGCCCCCUGGGGCUGGCUGUGAGAGCAGUGGGCGGGGGCAGAGGUGUUGGCAGCAUUAAACGGGUCUUCUCCUGCGGCCCGCCGGAUCUUCUGGUUGCCACCCCAGGGGCCCUGUACAAGGCCCUCCGCAGGCGCUGCGUGGACCUGAGUGAGCUCAGCUACUUGGUCAUGGAUGAGGCAGACACCUUGUUCGACGAGAGCUUCGCGGGGAUGGUGGAGAGCAUUCUGCUGCAGACGCAGGUGGCGUCAAGCCCCCUGGAGACCACGGGCCUGGACCGCGGGACCCAGCUGGUGAUGAUCGGGGCCACGUUCCCGGGGGGCGUUGGCGAGCUUCUCGGCCAAGUCACUGACCUCGGGAGCGUUGUCACCGUUAAGAGCCGAGGUCUGCACUGCCUGAUGCCACACGUCAAGCAGACCUUCAUGAAGAUGCGGGGCGCCGACAAGCUGCUGGAGCUGCUGCAGGCCGUCAGGGCUGUGGCCGCAGAGCAGGAGGGGUCUGGGGUGUUGGUGUUCUGUAACAGCGCCGCCACGGUGAACUGGCUGGGCUACGAGCUGGAGGAGCAGGGCAUGAAGCACCUGAGGCUGCAGGGACAGAUGCCAGCGGCCAGGCGGGCUGGUAUUUUCAGAAUGUUUCAGAAAGGCCAGGUGGACGUCCUGGUCUGCACUGACAUUGCAUCCAGGGGCCUGGACACCCAGAGGGUGAAGCUGGUGGUCAACUACGACUGUCCUCCCACGCUCACCGAUUACCUGCACAGGGCGGGGCGCGUGGGGCGCGCGGGCAGCGGGGCCGGGGGCGUGGUGCUCAGCUUUGUCACGCACCCCUGGGACGUGGAGCUGGUCCAGAAGAUUGAGACAGCCACACGGAGGAGAAGGAGCCUGCCAGGGAUGGAGUCUGCCAUUCACAAACCUCUGCCUAGUGCGGCAGCCGAUAGUGAACUUCAAUAAAACUCGUCCUUCAUUAUAUAGUGAAAUGUCAUGCUGUUGAAACCUCUGGGUAAAUAUGUGGCUUUUUUGUGUAAAAAAUGCUUUCUUUGCCUGUGUUGAUAAUUAACAUCUGCACUUAUUUUUAUAUUUUAAAUGUGAUCUCAAAUUAAAAUGAUUGUGCAGUCUAAAAGGAAUUAUUAAACCUCCAAAGUGAA